UAUCUUCACAGUGAUACAGCUGCAGCUAGAACGCUUACCCCUCAACUCCCUCGGCUCCCCUAAAAAGAAACAAGACACUAGUCUUGGAAUACUCCACCCCUUGCAAUCUUGAAACGCUGUCUUACUUUUCACGAUAUCUUUUCCUUCUUUCCACUGUCUUCGAUGUAUGUUUCCUAUCACGUCUUCACCCUGCAAUGCCGCUCGUCGCUAUUAGAACUCAGUGGUCGCGAGACCGCCUUUAAUGCUAAAUGCUACUUUUAUGACUCUUUGCGUUUAGCCCUUUUGGGUUAUUUUAGAUUGUUAAAAUAUGCAAUGUCUUCUAGAGAGCCGGGUUCUCUUUCUGCUAAAGCUUGUUUUCUUUUUGGCAACCGGCCACGUCGAGUGCUUUCAGCCGGACAGCUUCUACUUUCCAGACACAGAGCAAGAAAACUUUAUCAGGUCACAUCCUGAGUUCUCCGUGGUCCAUCCGGAAAAGGUCAGCAGGGACGGAGAAUUCGUCUCUUUCUCUUUGACACAUCACUUCGACCGCGGGCGGAGCAAGCGUGACCUGGACGCCGCGGAAACGUACGUGUACUACAAGGUGCCACAUGGAGGCUGGAAUUUAACUUUUAACCUCUCAGUCAAUAGCCAUUUGCUCUCGGACCAGUACGUGCUGGAGAGAAGACCCGGGGUCUUUAACGGAACCCGGCAGCGACAGGUCUCCGGGCAUAAUGCCUGUCACCUUCUGGGGAGGGUGACGAAUUCCAGCGUCCAAGGGACAGCGGCAGUAAGCACGUGCAACGGGCUGAAAGGAUUCUUCAGCUUGCCCGAUGGGAACUUUUUCAUCGAGCCGGUGCGGGGGUUCGAGGCGGGGGGUGGGACGGGACAUGAGCCCCACGUGGUGUACAGGAGCUCAGCCGGGCCGGUACGCCACCGACUCCCACGCAGCGCCGAGUCUGGGGGGCGGUCGGGCGUGUGCGGUCUGAAAGACACGCUGGAGGAGUCCCGGCGGGUGGAGAGGGAGCGCGAGCAGUGGGAGAGCGAGCAGGUGGUGGCGGGAGGCCCCCGGCGGAUGGUCCAGCGCUCCGUCAGCCGCGAACGCUGGGUGGAGACCUUGGCGGUGGCGGACUCCAAGCUCAUCGAGUACCACGGCAGCGACAACGUGGAGUCCUACAUCUUCACCAUCAUGAACAUGGUGACGGGGAUUUUCCACGAUGCCAGCAUCGGGAACGCCAUCCACAUCGUCCUGGUGCGGCUCAUUCUUCUGCAGGAGGACGAGAAGGGGCUGAAGAUCAUGCAUCACGCCGACACCACGCUCAGCAGCUUCUGCUCCUGGCAGAAGAACAUCAACCCCCAGAGCGACUCUCACCCCGCCCACCACGACGUUGCCGUGCUCGUCACCAGGAAGGAUAUCUGCGCUGGGCUGAACCAGCCCUGUGAGACUCUGGGUCUCUCUCACCUGUCGGGAAUGUGCCAGCCCCACCGCAGCUGCAACAUCAACGAGGACUCCGGCCUACCUGUCGCCUUCACCGUGGCUCACGAGCUGGGGCACAGUUUUGGAAUCCACCAUGAUGGGCAGGGGAAUGACUGUGAGCUGGACGGUAAACACCCCUUCAUCAUGUCCCGGCAGCUAAAAUACGACACCUCCCCCCUCACCUGGUCCCCCUGCAGCAAGGAGUACAUAACCCGCUUCCUGGAUCGUGGUUGGGGGUCCUGUCUGGAUGACCGGCCCUCUAAGAAGGACCUGACCACGCCCCUGGUGGCCCCAGGGGUGAGGUACACCACACACCACCAGUGCCAGCUGCAGUACGGCCCCAACGCCACCUUCUGCCAGGAAGUGGAGAAUAUGUGCCAGAUUCUGUGGUGCUCUGUGAACAGCUCCUGCCGUUCCAAGCUGGACGCCCCCGCAGACGGAACCAGAUGUGGGCAAGACAAGUGGUGCAUCUCCGGGGAGUGUGUGGUCGUGGGGAAGCUUCCGGAGACGGUGAACGGUGGGUGGGGGGCGUGGAGCGCCUGGUCCCACUGCUCCCGCACCUGUGGGGCCGGCGUACAGGCCGCCAACAGAGAGUGUAACAAGCCCAAGCCGGAGUUUGGCGGUAAGUACUGUACGGGCGAGAGGAAGCGCUAUCGCGUCUGCAACACCAAGCCGUGCGCCAAGGAGCGCCCGUCGUUUCGGGAGAUGCAGUGCAGCGAGUUCGACACCGUGCCGUACCAGAACGAGCUGUACGAGUGGGUGCCUGUCCCGUACACCGCGACCCCCUGCGAGCUGCACUGCCGCCCGGUGGACGAGCAGUUUUCGGAGAAGAUGCUGGACGCGGUGCUGGACGGGACGCCCUGCUUCACCCUCAACCACAGCAGGAGCAUCUGCGUCAACGGCGUGUGCAAGGACGUGGGCUGUGACUACGGCAUCGACUCCAACGCCAUGGAGGACCGCUGUGGGGUGUGUCUGGGGGACGGCACCACCUGCCAGACGGUCCACAAAGAAUUUGACGGGGGGGAGGGCUACGGUUAUGUGGACGUGGGCCUGAUCCCGGAGGGGGCGCGGGACAUCCUGGUGCAGGAGGUCCAGGAGUCGGGGAACUUCCUGGCGCUGAGGGGGCAGGACCCGGAGGAGUACUACCUGAACGGGCGCUACAUCAUCCAGUGGAACGGGGACUACAAAGCGGGGGGGGCCUUGUUCCACUAUGAACGGAAAGGCAACCUGGAGAACCUGACUUCCUCUGGGCCCACCAAGGAGCCAAUCAUGAUCCAGCUGCUGUACCAGGAGAAGAACCCGGGCAUCAGGUAUGAGUACACCAUCAAGAAGAGACGCCAGAAAGGCAACGAGGUCAUCCUACCUGAGUACAGGUGGAAAUUCGGGGCCUGGACCGACUGCAGCACUUCCUGUGGGGCAGGGCUCCAGCAUCAGCCGGUGCGGUGUUUUGAAGCUGAGGUCGGGGUGGUGGAAGAGUCCCUCUGUAAUGCAGACAAGCGACCAGAAGACAGACACCGCAGGUGUAAGAAAAUGGACUGUCCCGCCAGGUGGUGGGUGGGGGGAUGGCAGCCUUGCUCGGCCACCUGUGGGCCCUCUGGGGUGAAGAAGCGCACGGUCCUGUGCGUCCGCACCGUCGGGGGGGAGGAGCGCGUCCUGAACCCCGGGGACUGCCGGAGUCUCCUCAAACCCAAACCCGUGGUGCCGUGCCACCGGGACCUGCCCUGCGGGUCCGAAUGGGCCGUGGGCUCCUGGGGAGAGUGCCCUGUGACGUGUGGGGGAGGAGUCAGGUCUCGGACGGUCACCUGCGUUACCGCCCCCAAAGUCAGGUGCAACAUCACCAGCAAGCCCCGCUCCAAGUCCCUGUGUGCUCUGCAGAGCUGCCCUUCCAGCACCAGGAAGAAGGUGUGGAGGGUCGUCCCCAAGGCAACGACCCUGGCCCCCAAAACCCAGCCCUGGGGGCCUUAUCAAUCCUCCUCAACCGUGGCACCAUCACCCACCGCCCCUGCCACCUUGCCCACCACUACCAACAACCCUGCCACGUCCCCCACUACUAACCCUGCCACCUCCCCCACCACCACCACCAACAACCCUGAACCCAACGCCGUGGACGAGGGGGGGGUCACCCCGAUUCCCAGUCCCGCCGGCUGGGAAUCCGGAGAAACGGGUGUCACGGAGGAGGAAGAAGGGAGCACGCCCAAUUUCCUGCUGUCGGAACCAGAGACCGUAUACACCCCUGGGUGCGACCAAGCCACUGCUGCCACUGAGGACGAGGUGGAGAUCGGUGCUACGACUCGGGCCUCUCGGACGGUGACCACACCCAAAACGGGAGCUACCUCUACGGUGACCUUUACGACCUCAUCGCCCCACACCAGCACCCCCCGUACGCUGAGGGCGAUGGGACAGUACCCACGGACUGCCCCGAAACCCCCACCCUUUAUCAAGCCUGACACUAAGUGGAGGCCGAGGACCGCGGGUGGGCCCGGGGGGGGCGGGCCCGGGGGGGGCGGGCCCAGGGGUACCCAGCGCUCUCGCCCUGGCACGCCGGAGAGGGGCAGCACCCCCGAGGUCAUUCACCCAACCGUGAGGGUCCUAAAAACUGGGCUGAGGAGCACCACCGUGCCCCCUAGGAAGAGCAGUGCCAGCCCACUGCCCAAGGGGCACCAUCCCCGGGUGGGUGCCGCGGUCAACUACAGAAGCGACUACGAGACCGCCAAGCCGAACGCCAAACCCAUCGCCAAGCCCACUGCCAAACCCAUCGCCAGGCCCACCGCCAAACCCAUCGCCAAGGCCACCCCCAAACCCAUCGCCAAGGCCACCACCAAACCCAUCGCCAAGGCCACCACCAAACCCAUCGCCAAGGCCACCACCAAACCCAUCGCCAAGGCCACCACCAAACCCAUCGCCAAGUCCACCACCAAACCCAUCGCCAAGUCCACCACCAAACCCAUCGCCAAGGCCACCACCAAACCCAUCGCCAAGGCCACCACCAAACCCAUCGCCAAGUCCACCACCAAACCCAUCGCCAAGUCCACCGCCAAACCCACCUCCAAGGCCACUGCCAAACCCACCGCCAGGCCCACCCCCAAGCCUACCGCCAUGGCAGACGUCUCCUGGGUGGUUGGGAACUGGAGUGAGUGCUCCACCACCUGCGGGCUGGGUGCCGUGUGGAGAACGGUGACCUGCAGCUCCGGACGGGACAGCGACUGUGCCAGCCUCAACAUGCCCGAACCGGCCCGGAGGUGCCAGCUGCGUCCCUGUGCCACCUGGCACAGCGGGAACUGGAGUAAGUGUCCAGAAGGCUGUCUGGGCGGGACCAGGCAUAGGGACGUGCAGUGCAUCGACAACCAGAGCAAGCGGCAGCUGCGGCCCUUCCACUGCCAGGCUCUGGCCUACAAGCCCCAGAAUUCCCUGCCCUGUGCCCCCCUGCCCUGCCUGGACUGGCACACCUCACCCUGGGGCCAGUGCUCCAAGAGCUGUGGGGAGGGCCUGAAAGAACGCCUGGUCUACUGUCCCGAGUACAACCGCUGCCACCCGGCCCAGAGGCCCAACAGCACAGAGGCCUGCAGCCAGCGCCGCUGCAGCCAGUGGGUGACGGAGGACUGGGAGGAGUGCACAGCGAGCUGUGGGGGAGGGGUGCAGCACCGGGUGGUCCGGUGCGUGGGCCAAUCCGGCGAGCCGCAGCUCGGGGACAGCGGCAGCCAGUGUGAGAAGAGAACGAGGCCCGACAGCUUCCGCAAGUGCAACCUGAGGGAGUGCAGGAGGAGACCAGUCCCGUGGUGCAGUAAGGACAGCAUGUCCACGCGCUUCUGCGAGAAGCUGAAGCUCCUAGGCCGCUGCGAUCUCAGCUCCAUCCGCAAGCAGUGCUGCAUCACCUGCGCGGGGUAACCAUGGCGACCACGCCCCGCCCAUGCCCCGCCCAAGCCCCGCCCACACCCCUCCUCCGAUGGACUUAAGGCAACAGCUCACACCCCAGACAGGGUCUCACAAACCCCCUUUCAUCCACACGCACCCCCAGCUUGCAGGCUUUCAUCCGCCUGCUGUGGUACGAAGCAGGAGCUCCACUCCAUUUCGGCACGACCCCACCGAGGGGUGGGACGGUCUGUUUGAGGAACGGCGGUUUUGUGCGUGGGACUGUACGUUCUCUUAUGGUGCUUUUUUCUGUACAGUCUGUUCUCAGUGUUUCAGCAAACCGGACCCAGACAGGACAGACCCUGUGUCUGUGAUUCAGGACAGACCCUCUGCUCUGUGAUUCAGGACAGACCCUCUGUCUGUGAUUCAGAACAGACCCUCUGUCUGUGACUCUGAGGCAUUCCCACAGAGCGCUGGGUACUCUGGCCACCCAAAGCAUCUCUUAUGACAUCACUGUUUCACGCUGGUGCUAUGGCAACGUCCACUCAGUCGUGAGUUUUUUUUUUGGAAUGAUUGUAAUAGCAGUGACUGUGUAUUUUACUACAGGGUCCGUUUCAGUAAAACAAUCUUUGUUUAGGACAUGGGAAAAUUUUUACAAAUUUUUACAGCUUUUACAAAUAAGGUGGGGAAAGAUGAUGAUAUAUGCAUGAUAUAUUUUCUGGUUCACGCAGAGUUCCAUCAGUACACAAUGCUAUAUGAAGUGCGUACUGGAAACCGUUUCUGUGGAGACCAGGUCUCAGCGCACAGCCAUGUCCCUGAGCACUACGUUUGGCAAAAACAAUAAUCACCAUCCUCAUCCCUGAAGAUGAAUACUGUGGUAAAAUACAUUAUUCAUUUCAGAGCUCACUUGCGUAUUAUUCCUAGUAUUCUCUCUCAGAACUUUGUUAAAAGGCUGCUUUGAAAACAGAUCCAAAACGCCGUUAAGGACAUUUAACCCGAUUGCACAUUUAAAUGAGGAGCAGAACAGAACCCGUAACUAAGAGACAUUUCCUUAUUUAUUAAAUCAUUACAGCAGAAAACCAGUUUCAUUUUGAGUGUGCUUCCCUCAGUGUGUGAUACCCAUGGGCUACAGAAGCUAUUCAGAGCCGUUGUUGGACAUAACAUGUGACCUUCAGAAAGAAAAGAAAAAUCAAGCGAUGAUAAUCAAACCAGAUAAUUACACCUGUACUCUACGCCCAGGGAACUAAUUCCACUUUUGGGAAAAUGAAAAGGAUUAAAGGUUUGCUUAAAGUGGGUACCUCUCCAUUAUUGAACAAUGACCCAAUUAUAGUGUAUAGAGCCACAAGGCAUAAUUAUCUCUUUGGUUCAAGACUAUUUGGCUGACCCUUUAGCUGAGUGAAUAGUUUGGCUGAAUAUAAGCCUGUGGAAAGUGUCAGAAAGCACAUGUGCAUGAAUACAACCUACUGUGUGUCUUUUAUCUGUAUCAUGAACCGAUCAACAGAAUCUAAGUUUGUAACAGACCCAAACUACCAAGUUCCAAUGGCAGUAUGAAAACCCAAAAAUAUCUAUAAUAUUAUUAAUUUCUUGAACUGUAUUGUUCAAGAAUACACAGCGUCAGACUGUAGGCCAUAACAAGGACAGGUACCUUUUCUGGCAUUUCUCCUCCUUUGUAAUUAUUUUAUAUAAAUAUGUAAAAAUUAAAUAUAUAUGAAUCGAGGGUUUUUGGUCCUCGUAAUAAUAAAUAGCUUCAUAAUGGCCGGUGUGUAUAUAUAACUGCAAAUUCUGGCAGUUUUUUAGUGGAGGUUAUAACUACCACAUUGUUAAUUUAUCCAGUCAUAAAAUACUCAUUUUUUAACAAGAUCAUGGAAUGUUGAAUGCACAGUUUCAGCAUGUGAAUUCUAUUAGUAUUUCUUUAGAUAUUUUUAGAUAAGUUCUUAUUUUGCCUAUAAUAUAUAAUUCCAGGUUUCCUGGUGAUCAGGUUUAAUGUUAUUUUCAUAAAUGUAUUGUCAUAAAACCAUAAAUCUGACUGUCAAUUGAGAGAAAAUGAACAAAUUCUUGAAUCCUGUGAAAAAUUUGAACUGCAGGUGUGUUGUUAUAUCAGUCCAAAACAAGGAAAAAAUAUUUGAUUUGGCCCUUUUCCAUGUCUUUCUGAAAACAUUGUAACCGUAAAAUGUUUUUGUUCUUUUACCAACAACUGGAAACUUUAUUUGCAUCAUUUUUAAGAAGCUGGCUUUACCUUUAGCCACGCAAGUGAAGGAUUGAUCUCAAAACAAUGAUUGUCUCCUGUGAGAUUUAAUUGUAGGGAAGUUACAUGUAAUUUUGUUCACACCGAUGUGUGCUGUACAUAAUGAAACAAAUAUUCCACUAAUUGUUCCAUUAAUUUGACACGAGAAAAAAAAAGAUCCUUUGGGUGGGUAGAACACUUAACACUGGGGCUUUAAGUUCAUCUCAGUCUAGUGCAGUUUCCCUCUUCAAGCCCACCGAAAGGCAGUAGAUUAAAAAAAAAAGAUGUUAUGAUGACGCAAUGUUGUUUGUCUAAUGUGUAUCUAAGACACACUCAUGAGGAAAUGUGUGGCCAAGGCUCAUGGUGGAAAUGUGUGAGACAGUAUGAGCUUAUGAUACCAGCUGUAUAAGAUACAGUAUGAGCUGCCUUAUGAUAGCAGCUGUAUAAGAUACAGUAUGAGCUGCCUUAUGAUAGCAGCUGUAUAAGAUACCCAAAUAUCAGUAUAACAUGCAAACCGUAGCAGCUGAAAGAACAUUUCAUUGGUCAGCUGAGCAAUAUAAUAGAUUUUCACUCCUGCUACUGCGGGACACUGUAUGUUUUUUUGGUGCUUCAGAAAGGUUUGAGCGGAUUCGCGUCCCUGUGAACACUGCGAUAGUUUGCUCAGUAAAGGCAGAAAGAGCUCAUUGAGACGAGCAGCUAAUUCAGUCGUAUAUUUGGUGCUUGUUAUUUGUGGGUCUGCUCCACUCCUGAAUAAGACCUUGAAAAUUUAUUUAGAUUGCUCUUCAUUGCACAUGUGACAGAAGCCUACUGAAUCUACACUGGGUACCUAACAAACUAGCUACGAGGAAGAAAUGCAAUGGGGAUUUAGCACAUUUAGCAGCUGUAAAAUAAAGAUAGUGAUCGCUUACCAGGGCUGGGAUGCAGAUAUCCAGCACACCAGAAUCUGUGAUGUCAUUACCCACAGUUCCAAAGUAUAAUCUGCCUAAACAUUAAAAAAAAAAAAAAACAGGCAUUUGUUUUUACAAUUCAUAACUCUGCUGAUUCAUAAAGGUUUUAAAAAGAUAUAAGUGCACCUUUUUCUACUGAAUCAAAAUUCCAAAUUGUACCGUCUACGAUUUCAUUUUCCUUCGCCAAUAUUUGGAAUGCAGUGAUUGUGAACUGACGUUUCAGAUGCCCCUUUAUUUUUUUGUUUGUUUUGUUUUCUCUGUCCGAUGGUGCUGUUGUAUCCUUUGGGGGCUGUACGUUCACAUGCAUUUAAAAGCGCAUGAGGUGUUGCAGGUCAUCACUCUCCAGUCUUGACGAUGGGUCUCGAUGCUCGAGGAACGCUUCGCAGCUGAUAUGUACUGUCCGUGUCUUCACUAAUAAAUGCUAUGCCAGUA